AUGGUGAGAACUCAUGGUGCUUCCUCUAAGAAGACCCCUGCUUCUCAAUCCAGGAAGGUGCCCUCUCCAUCGCCACCUCCAUCUGUGUCAACGGCGGCUCCAUCUGUUCCAGGACCUGCCUCAUCUGUUGAAAAGACUUGCAAAUCCAAGGUGCGCAAGAAGGUGUUCUCCCUCUCUCAUGAACACCCCCUGGUGUUUCCAGAUAUCUCAGCUGACAUUGUCGAUGUUGCACCACCAUCUGAAGUGGUGGUGCCCUCUCGAGCCAAGGACCCAUCUCCUCUUCCGAUUGAUUCGUCUCUAGCGGCUAGGGCAAAAUCAAAAUCUGUUUCAUCUUCUUCUAAAGCUGCUGCUGCUGGGUUGCUCAAAUUUCCCUUGAAGCUGAGGUUGGACACGUCUUCUUCCCACUUGACUGCUGCCAAGAAAAGAUUGAAGGCUCGUCCCCCUUCUCUGUCUUCCUCCGAAUCUGACCCUGAGGAAGAAAAGUCUGAAUCUGAAGCAACCUGUGAUACCACCUUAUCUAAUGAAACGGUUCUUGACAAUGCAGAAUCAGAGGCUGAGUUUGAUGAGCCAGAAAAAGAAGACAUUGUCCCAUCUGAACAAGAAGCCGAAUCUGACUCAGAACCAAUUGCAACUCCUUUGUCAUCCAAGGCUAAAGGGAAGAGACCUAUUUCUGAUCCUACACCUUCUCCAAAACGUUCAGGUGUAAAUUUCAAACCUUAUUCUUUAACUUUUUGUUAUAAUGAUAAUGCUCGUGAUAUGGUUCUCUAUGCUCAACGGAAAUUUAUCAUUGAGAGAAAUUAUGUCUUGAGUGAUCAUCGGCCUUAUGGUGUGCUAACAAUGCUUCAAGAUCGAAAAUGGACAGGUUCUUUGGUUAAAUGUACUGGUUUUAUGGAUAGAAUAUUCAAGGAAUUCUAUGCCAAUCUUACUAAUGAAAUUAUUGAACCUAAAUCUUCUCUGUAUAAUAAAGUGUUUGUUAGGGGCCAUUGGUUCUCUUUUUCUCCUCAAGACAUUGCCCUUGCUUUGCAUCUUCCCCUUGAUGUCGGAGAUGAUGAUGAUCUUGCCUCUCUUGACAAGGAUAUGGUUAUCACUGAAUUAGUAGGGCAAAAAAUGGUAUGGCCAUCUCAUACAGUCAUCUCGGUCUCUAAUCUCACCUACACUUAUGCUGUCCUCCAUAAGUUUUCCACAACGAAUUGGAAACCCACUUCUCACACUGCAACUAUCUCAUUUGACAUGGCCUCGUUUUUGUACAAGGUGGGGACCGGUAUUGAAAAAGAUCUCCAACGUGAUCAAGAAGACUUGGUGGCUCCCACUAUUGCUGCUUCCUACAAGGCCUCUGCUCCUCCUGCUGAAGCCACUGAUGCUCCAUCAACCAAGAAAGUCAAGCCUCAAUCUCUGAAGUUUGCCUCGGAUGACAUUCCUCAUGCAUCCUCCUCUGUUGCCACAGAUUCAUGA